GAUUGCCCUCAUCCCUCUGUGACUUGUAGAUUUUCACUCUGCUCUGGACGACGAGCCAUCGCUUUGUCACACUGUCUCGGAUCUCGAGUCUGGAGGUCCUGGUCAGCCAAGAUUUACAGUUCCACUAAAAGCUCAAACAUGUGCAGAGGGAAUGGAAGCUGUCUUAGAAUGUGAAGUUUGUGCUAAUCCGGAAGUAAAUGUUGCAUGGCUAAAGGACAAUUCACCUCUUGCUACUUCCAGGAAAGCUAUGUUAGAAGCAGAUGGUGGAAAACACCGCUUAUUAAUUAAAAAAGCCGAGUGCGCUGAUUCUGGUUUGUACACAAUUAUUGCAUCGAACAUCCAUGGUACAACAUCGUGUAGUGCUCCUCUCACCGUAAACUCAGCUCCAGCAUCUUUGCCACCAACUACACCAGAUGGCAGUGUAAUGUCUUAUGGUCCUAUAUUUCGUGAAAAGCUACGAGAUACUGAAUUACAGGAGGGAACUGACUUUAGAGUGUGUGUUAUAAUUGAAGGGGAACCAAAACCCAGUGUAAAAUUUUAUAAAGGUGAUGAAGAAAUCAGUAGCACUGGACGAGUUCGUUAUAAUAAAGAAAAUGACGAAUGCUACGAACUCAUCAUAGAUAAAGUGAAGAAAGAAGAUUCAGGAAAGUACUCAUGCGUUACCAAGAGUUCAGCUGGACAAAAUGUAUCCGCCUGUGACAUUGGCGUAACGAGUUCAAAGGUAUUUGUUGAAAUUCAUGAAGAUCCUGAUAGGACUGCAACACCAGAAAAUAUUGAAGAUAAUAUGCAUUGGUCCAAAGAUGGCAAAGAAGUGGAAGUGGAGUCAAGUGAAAGAUUUAAAGUUUCGAUCGACGAGUCAGAAGAUACAGUGUCUCUGGUGUUUCAACACGUAACUCCAGAUGAUGCUGGUUUGUAUACUUGCGUGGCUAGUACAAGCAGUGGUAAAAUUUCAUGUAGUGCAGAGCUCACAGUUCAAGGUGGUCUUCUUCGUGACCCUGAAGCUCCAAAGUUGUCUUCAGCGAUCAAGAAAGUGGAUGCAAAAGAAGGUUCUUCGGCAUUACUUGAAAUGACGGCUACAGGGUUUCCUAAGCCUGUCAUAACAUGGACCAAAGAUGGAGAAGAGUUGAAGAUGGGAGACAAGUACGUAAUGCUCCAAGAGGACGAUGAAUCCUUUACAAUGGCAAUAAAGAAUCUUACUCAAGAUGACACCGGGAAAUACUGUGCAGAAGCCAUUAAUGAUAUGGGCAAAGACGACAUUACUUAUGAUCUCAAAGUCACAAGUCCUCCGAAAAUUCUCAAGCAAAUGGAAGGAACCGAAGUUAUGCUUGAUGAGGAUAUUGAAUUUUGUGUAGAAGUUGAUGGCUCUCCGGAACCAACUGUUUCAUGGUGCAAGGAUGGUCAGGCUUUAGUUCCAUCUGAAAGAAUUAUAAUUACAUCAGAAGAUAAAGUUCAGAAACUAGUUAUUAAAAAAGCCAAAGUCGAGAAUUCUGGUAAUUAUUCCUGCAUCAUCAAAAACGAAAAUGGUAGCCAAGGAAGCUAUGGAGUUUGCAAAGUAAACUCCCCUGCCAAAUUUAUUAAAGGAUUGAAUGACAUCACCAUCAACGCUGGAGAAGAUGCCAAGUUAUCAGUUGCUAUUUCAGGAGAUCCAAGUCCAGUUGUCAAAUGGAAAAAAGAUGGAAAAGAUAUCGAAACUCGCAUUACAGAAAAGAAAGAAAAUGAUUCUACUUACACUCUUACUAUUAAAAAAACCAAAACUGAAGAUUCUGGUGAAUAUGUGUGCGAAAUUAGUAACGAACAUGGCAAAGACACAACGAAAAGCAAUUUAACAGUGAAAGAAAAAUCAACUAAGCCAAGUUUCAAAAAAGGUUUGAAAGAUAUUGAGGUGACAGAAAAUGAGGAUAUCAAACUGGAAGUUACUGUGGAUGGUUCUCCAAAACCAACAUUAAAAUGGUCAAAGGACGGCAAUGAAUUAAAAAUAGAUGGAAAACACGUGCAAGUGAAAAAAGAAGAAUCAGAAGACACAGAAACUGUAAUUAUUCGAAAAACUACAACUGAAGAUUCCGGGACGUAUUCAUGCACUGUAACUAAUACAGAAGGAUCUGAAACUACCACCAGUGAAGUAGUUGUUAAAGAAGAAGAAACUGCUCCUUCCAUUACAAAGAAGUUGGAGGAUAUAUCUGUAACCGAAGGGGAAACUGUAGAGUUUUCAGUCAAAUUUUCCGGCAAAAAGACGAAAGUUAUCUGGUCAAAAGAUGAUGUUGAGCUGAAAAUAGAUAAUAAACACUUUGAAUACAAGAAGGAGGAAGCUGAAGACUCUCUUACUUUGGUCCUUAACAAUGCAAAACCAGGUGACAGUGGGAAAUACACUUGCAAUAUCUCUAACGCAGUGGGAACUGUGGAAACUAGCAGCAAUCUCAGUGUUUCUGGUCAUAAUACGAAGGGGCUUUUCGAGCACGCAUUUCUAUGCAAUUUUAAUCCUGAUGAUGUACCAUAA